AUGACGUUAAUCACCCUUACCCGUGUAUCUGAACCUACUCAAGGCGUUCGCCAUGAACAUACACAGACAAAGUGUGUCUGGGAUGACCAGAACUUUGGUAUUGGCACGUUGUACAUCACAGAAAGGUAAAAUUUUGUGGUUUAUGUGAGAUUUCUCGGGGAAAAGCUUGUGUUUCUUUUAGAUUUUUUUAAAAUUCGUAUUUUCUAUUGUUCUGGGUUUAAAAAUACCGGUUUUAGUGUUGUUGUAUGGAUCAAAGAUGGUUCUGAAGCUGGAUUUACAUUGACUUAUCAAUCGAUUGGUGUUUACGGCCAGACCUCUUCGAACGACCCGGAUCAAGCUUUGUUCAUGGUGGUGGAUCUCAACAGAACAGGUAGGAACGUUUGAUUUAUUAAUUUAUGUGUUUAGAUGUUCAAAUUGCAAAACAAGCUAAUGGAGAAGCUGAGGAGAACGAUGAAGAAGAUGAAAACCCUACAGCGUCUGUCAGAUUCUUCCCAGAAGAUCCAACAAGCUGUAAGUUGAUUAAAAUAUUGUGAUUUUAUUGUUUGAUAUGUUUAGCUUAGUUUUGUCAGUUUUAAAGGCUAUUUAUUGGAACUUCUUUCAAUUUCUUCAUGGAUAAUAUAAGAUUUUUAAUAUCUUUUGUCAAAACUUCAAUUGAAUCGUUGAAAUUCUUUAUGAUGACAUUUUUUUUCACUAUAUUACUUUGCUACUUUAUUAUUAACUUGUUUUUAGUACCAUUCCUCUUGUCAAUUCUUCAAGAAUGCCAAGCUUUGAACCCGGACCCAGAAGAUGAUCAAGCUGAUGAUUAUGGAGAGCACAUCUUGAUGGAGGGCAACAUUAGUGACCUUCAAGCUUCUGGAGAUUGGUAUACACAUGAGACGAUGGACGAUGAGGUCCAGUUAUCAGAGCAAGGUCGUGAGAACUUGGAGAGAAUUGUUGGGACCUUGAACAUUGGUAUGUUAACAUACUUUUUGAUGUUUUUAUUCUUUUUUUGUUGGGUUGAAGGAUUGAUUUUUAUGUCACACAGUAGACAAUUAAGUAUUCUUUGAUACUUAUUGAAAGGAACUUAAAAUUUGGGAGUGUAAUAUAUAGUUUUGACUAAAACGAAGUAGUUAAUCAUGACCGAAAAGGUUAUUUUUGAUUAUUACUCCUUAAUUUUUAAAGUUUCUAUAGUUGAUUUUGGUAUAGAAAGAUAGCAAAUUUACUGUGUUAUACUGUUCAACAAAGUAAAUCUAACAUUUCUACUGAUAAACUUUAUUUUCAGACCAAAAUGGAGGUGACCAAGACCAAUCCCGUGAGCAUUUCAUGGAAGAAGACUAA